GUUGCAGUAGAAUGGAACGUGGAAGUGCUGGGCGUAUACCGGAGAAUCAGGUACAUCUCGGUCAGGUAGAGGAAUCCCGUCGGGCCGUGAAUAAAUGUUCCGGCCUCAGGGCCUCAGGCUCAGCGGAGCAAGGAGGAAUUAUUUGCGUCCAGUCGUCCACUACACCACACCUCCCUCUCCCUCUCUCACUUUCACUCUCACUCCCACUUCCACUCUCCGCACAUCUUCUUCCACAAUUUCCCAUUUCCGCCACGACCAGCCCGCAUCCUAACACCUCGCCACGAGAGGGAUGAUGCCUUGCAGCAUACGGGACCUGUGAUGGCGAUGGCGAUGGCGGAGAGACGGGACCACUCACCACUCACCACGGACUGAUGACUGAGGCCAGCAAUGAUGAAGCGCCUUCACGGUGAGUCCCGCGUGCGUGGGUGGUGUUGAUGUGACAGGGAACGCUGCAUACACGUACCUAGGUAGGUAGUUGGAGCUUGAGGACCUGGUCACACCUUGCAGGCAGAGACGGUAGCAAUAUCCGAGGCAUUGACGACUACCACCACCUCGAUCUCCUAUCCUCCUGUCCCGCCCCACCCUGACAGUAACGUGUCACGCACAACACACAACAUACAA